AAUGCGUCCAAGAAUGGUGUAGGGAUAAUAAGCAUAUCGUGCUCAUCAGUUUGUCUUCACGGUCUAUUGCAAGAAGUGCUUUGAUGGACAAGCCUUUCAUCCUCAGCAGUUGUGACUGCAUAAAGAAGUCGCCACUUCCUGAUAGGCCAGUGAAAAGAAGGGUUGCAGCCAAUUAGAGUGGGUGAAAAAGUAUGAGAGUUUAGGUGGGGAAAAGGAGGCUGCUUUUGGAUUGGAAACGCAACUAAGCCCUCCUCGGAAAGUAGUCAUACUUACAUUGGAAGGUCAUUAAUUAAAAGGUGAACUUGAAUCUUGAUUUUACCUCCUUGGAAGAGAGAUCCUCACUUUUUGGAGGCAUACAUAAAUGGAUUCAUGAAGCUUACUUGCAGAAAUAGAGGUCUGUAAGAUGGUUGGGAGACAGACGCACCAGAUGGACAGCGGCAAUUGCUCGGUGACGGUGGUGGAUGACAGCCCCGGCUCCAGCCCGAGUUCCAGCCCGGACUCUCGCCGGGCCGCCGCCGGGGUUCUCCAUGCCGGCGGUCUCGGGGCCGGACGAGGUCGGCCUGCGGCUGCCAAUGCGGCGCGGGAGAGGAGCCGCGUUCAAACCCUGCGCACCGCCUUCCUGGAGCUGCAGAGAACGUUGCCGUCGGUGCCGCCGGACACCAAGCUGUCCAAACUGGACGUGUUGAUACUGGCCACCACCUACAUUGCACAUUUGACUCGAACUCUGCAGGAGGAAGGCACCGAGGAGGGGGACAGCACAAAGCAAACAGAGGCGUUACGUUCACUCAAAGGUGAAGGCUACCUGCACCCGGUCAAGAAAUGGCCAAUGAGGUCCAGGUUGUAUGUUGGAGCAAGUGGUCAGUUCCUGAACAAUUCCUCACAAUCAGAGAAUCAAGGCCCUUCAUCAUCAUCCACCUCCCAGUAAACUAUAUAUUCAUUUUGCAUGAGUGAUGCUACACAUACCUUGUAAAUUUAAUAUAUUAUUGUGAUGGUUUUUUUACCCUCAAAUGUAAGUUUUUUUUACUCUGUUUGACCUGCAAAUUGUGCAGCUCCAUACAUGUCCCUGUAUGAGAGUUUGUGAUUCCACGGGCCAAUACUGAGCUCGUCAUGCUUGAAAAGUGAGGCACUUUCAAUAGAAAACAUUUGCACUAAACAUGCAUGUGUGAAUGACUUAGAAUCUGUCAUGUGAAGUGGUCUGUCAGAGAUAACAAUAGGUGGCUCGCCGUCUCAUGUUCCUUUUUUUUUUUUUUUUUUACAUGCAUGUCUGUACAAAAAAGUGUUAUAGAAAAAAAAAAUCUGUGGUAAAGCGAUGGAGUCUAAAAUGAUGUAAUUAAAUUGUACCAUACUCUAUUAAGUCUAUUUAAGAGAAGUAAAGAAGUUUAAUAAUGAAAUCUAAAGUGUUUGUCAUUAUUUCCUCUCAUUUUAAGACAUAUUUGACUGAAAGUCAAAUU